CGUUUUAGCCCCUCGCCACCCUAACUCACCAUGGCCACCAUGUUGGUUUUAUUGUGAACGUACGCCUCAGAGUUGGCGAAACUACUGUGAAUGGGACUUUCGCUACUCCCUUAUACCAUGGUCGGCAGUUACAGUUUGUUUUGGAAAAAUUGCGUCUGAUAAUAUUAACGCGAUAACAAUUUUUUCCAGUGGAGACCGUUAACAAGAUAGAAGUAUCGAGGCAUUAUUUGCAUAUGCAUAUCUAAAUAAUUGUAUAUUUGCAUGUUGUGACUUCGUUAGAAUCAUAUUUGUCUCACCAAAGUGAUAUGGAGUCGAGUUCUUCAUUGAAUUUAAUAAAGGCUUUAGAAAAGCGUAGGUUAAAAGAUGGUUUUGAAAAGAAGCGCCUCAAAGAUGAUAUGAAAGCGAAGGAAACUCCUGAAGAGAAAAGGGUUCGUCGUUUAAAAGAAAGAGAAGCGAAGGAAAAGCGUCGCCGCGAAAGGAUGGGAUGGGAUACUGAAUACCAGCAUUACACUGAUCAAGACAAUCCAUUUGGAGAUUCAAACUUGACUUCUACAUUCGUUUGGACGAAAAAGUUAGAAAAAGAUGGUCUGCGUAAUGUAUCGACUGAAACCGUUGAUAUUUUGUCACGCCAAAAGCUUCUGGAAAACAGACUUGAACUUGAAAAAGUAAAGAAACGAAGGUUAGAGCGUGAAUUAGAGAAGCAAGUACGUGAAGAACAAUCUGUUUUGCAGCAACGUGUAAAAGAAGCUGCACAGUUUCAGGAAUGGGAGUUGCAAGAAGAUCAGUUUCACUUAGAGCAAGCUCGUCUGCGGAGUGUUAUAAGAAUACAAGAUGGUCGGGCGAAGCCAAUUGAUUUGUUAGCGCAAUAUUUGUCAGGUUUCAAGCCAGAAGAUACAAAUGAAAUACAGAUGCACGAGCCGUAUGUUCUGUUAAAUGAACUAGAUAAAGGCAAAAACACAGAUUUUUGGAAUGAUAUGACAGUAAUUGUUGAAGACGAAUUGUUUAGGCUAAGAAAGAUUACAAACAGUUCUCUUGAAAGUGGGUCAUGUGGGCGUAGAGAAGGAAUACAUGACUGCGUGGCUAAAGAUGUCGCUGAAAUUUUUCGGAAGAAGAAUGCAAAACAAUUAAAUGAUUUACGUUUCAAAAUAGAAAAUAAAAUAAAGUCUAGAUCAGACGGUGUAGACAUUAGUUAUUGGGAAAGUUUGCUUUCUCAGUUAAAAGCGCAUAUGGCACGAGCUCGUUUACGUGAUAAACAUCAGGUAAAUUUACGCCAAAAACUAAAUCUUCUUAAAAAUAAAUCGGAAAAAAAUGAUAAUUCGGUUACUUCGUUAACAUCUAAUAUUAAUGAGAGUGUAACUUCAUCAAUUGAGACAAGCAGUAAUGUCGAAAAGGAGCCGAAAACUGAUCCAAACACUUUACAAAAGUUCUUUGAUUUAUACGAAGAUGGUCUAUACUCUCCAAAAUAUAUAUCAAGCCUGGAGGACGAUAACAAUUUACCGAUUGCCACAGAAGAAGAGAGUUAUCUUGGAAUAGAAUUAUUACGUGCUGAAACAUUAAACAAUAAAUCACAGAAAGAGAACUUUACUGUUGAAGCAAUGCGUAAAGAUAUGGGAAAGGACGAGGCUGAGUUCUCUGUCGAAGUCCCCUUAGAAGUAGUUCAAGUAGCAUCUGAUAAGUAUAGACCUCGUAAACCCCGUUACUUCAAUCGCGUGCACACUGGUUUUGAGUGGAAUAAGUAUAAUCAAACACAUUAUGAUAUGGAUAAUCCUCCGCCAAAAAUAGUUCAAGGAUAUAAGUUUAAUAUUUUUUAUCCCGACUUAAUUGAUAAAAACAUUACUCCUCAAUAUUUCUUGUAUGUUGUAGCCCAUAGUCUGAGGCUCAAUAAUAAACCAUUAGCAAAUAUGGGGUCAGAGUUGAAUAUAUUAUUAUUGACACCGUUUUUGGAUACAUUAAGAUCACAUCUUUUGGUGUGAUUUCGGUGUUAUGUAUCCUUUAAAAUAAAUAAUUACUAUUUGAAGGACGAUCACUACAAAUUCAACCUUAUAUAAUUAAAUCAGGAUCAAAUACUUCCUAUUUCUGAAUUUUCUUCACAUAAGACGAGUUCCUUUAUCAAUUGUUUUUGUCAAUGAAUCGCUUUCCUUGAUAUUCACUAUUUUUCUUAUCAAGGUUUUGUUUGAAAAUUCCUUUAUUAUAAUGGACCGAAUGUACAUACAUAUUUGUUUAUUUGUCUCAUGAAUUUUGUUGAACCUAACUUAUAUAAAUAUUUAAGGCCAGAUAAUCAUUUAUUGUUUUUAAUUACUAGUUAUUAUUAUGUAUUGAAAUCAUGCAAGGCUCCAAAUAUUUGAAAGUACAAUUUAAAAAAAAAAAAAAUUUUAUUUAUAAAUUUCCACUUAUUUUUGGUAUAUAUUUUAUCCCCUCCAGUUCUGGAUGAGUUUGAAAUAUAGUUCUUUUUAUUGUAAUUCACAAAUAAUAUUUCACUGUCCAAAUAUAUUUAAUUCAAAUGAAAAAUCAUUAUAUUCCACAAGUAUUUAAAACUGUAUAAAGCUAUUAGAAAUAGAAUUAGAGUAGUAUGAGGUUUGCUCCGCGACCUGGCGCAUACCUGUUGCUUGCUGCCAGUGACUUUCUCUGCCCACUCUCUCCUCCAUGCGGAUGAGCUCCUUUAUUGUGUGAGA